AUGGUCAACUCCUGUAGUGGAUCCGUCUGCUCUGAUCAGGGCUGCGGCCAGGAGACCUCCUGCGGCCCCAGCUGCUGCCAGACCACCUGCUGCAAUACCACUUGCUGCCGCCCCACCUGCUGCAUUGCCAGCUGCUGCCGCCCCUCUUGUUGUGGUUCCAGCUGCUGCGGCUCCAGCUGCUGCAGGCCCACUUGCUGCACCUCUAGUUGCUGCCGCCCCACCUGCUGUGUGUCCAGCUGCUGCCGCCCGUCCUGCUGUGGCUCCAGCUGCUGCAAGCCCACCUGCUGCAUCUCUAGCUGCUGCCGCCCCACCUGCUGCCAGACCCCCUGCUGCCGCCCCUCCUGCUGCAUUUCCAGCUGCUGCCGCCCCUCCUGCUGUGGCUCCAGCUGCUGCGGCUCCAGCUGCUGCAGGCCCACCUGCUGCAUCUCUAGCUGCUGCCGCCCCACCUGCUGCCAGACCCCUUGCUGCCGCCCCUCCUGCUGCAUUUCCAGCUGCUGCCGCCCCUCCUGCUGUGGCUCCAGCUGCUGCGGCUCCAGCUGCUGCAGGCCCACCUGCUGCAUCUCUACCUGCUGCCGUCCCACCUGCUGCCAGACCCCCUGCUGCCGCCCAGUCUGUUCUAGCAGCUCCUGCUGCUGA